UCGCGAGAGUACGAGACGAAAUCCACAUACACAACUCACACAUAACAAAUGAGUAGUGCAUGAGCGAAGGUUCAUAUAAAAAGGAUACAUAAGCAUCGCACACCAAAGCGCUCGCAUUUCUUUAAUCUUUCUUCAGAUCAUCGUUUUGGCAUUAGACCUUCACUGGAUCAUCGUUUUGACGUUGGAGCCCAUCCAGAUCUCAGCAGGUCAGCAGCGGCUGUGCUCAUCGAGCGCGGGAUGGCGUCCGAGGUAGCCAGACUUGCACUGGUCUCGGCCGCCGUGGCCGCGGCCAUGGCCUACGCGCGCCUCGCCGCCUCGCGAUUGGGCCCGGGCGUCCCCCGCCUCGCCGCGCUCCUCCCGGUGCUCCUCCUCCUCCCCGUCCUCCCCUUCACCUUCGCCUCCAUCCACCUCCGCACCAUCUCCGCCUUCUUCCUCGUCUGGCUCUGCGGCUUCAAGCUCCUCCUCCUCGCCUUCGGCCACGGCCCGCUCCACCCGGCCCUCCCAGCCGUCCGCUUCGCCGCCUGCGCCGCGCUCCCCGUCAAGGUCCGGGGCAGGGCGCAGAGCUCGCGGUCCCUCCCUCCCGGGUUCCUGCUGUCCUACGCGGCCAAGGCGGCCCUCUUCGCCGCGCUCGUCUCGCUCCGUGGCCUCCGGGCGAGGAUGCCGGCGUACGCCGUGGUCGCGUUUGACGGCGCGCACGUCUACCUGAUGCUCGAGCUCUUCCUGGCGUCCGCCGCGGCGUUCGCCCGCACGCUGCUCGGCGCGGAGCUGGAGCCGCAGUUCGACCGGCCGUACCUCGCCUCGUCCCUCCGGGACUUCUGGGGCCGCCGGUGGAACCUCAUGGUCCCCGGGGCGCUCCGGCCGAGCGUGUACCGCCCCGUGCGCGCCCGCGUCGGCGACUCCGCCGGCGUGCUCGCCACGUUCCUCGUGUCGGGUCUGAUGCACGAGGUGAUGUUCUACUACAUCACGCUCGAGGUCGGCACGGGGGAGGUGACCGCGUUCUUCGUCCUCCACGGCGCGUGCGUGGUGGCCGAGCGGCGGUGGGUGCGGCGGGGCGGCGCAUGGCGGCCGCCGCGCGCGGCCGCGACGGCGGCAACGCUGGCAUUCGUGACGGGGACCGCGUCCUGGCUCUUCUUCGCGCCCGUGAUUCGGAGCGGGCUGGACAAGGCCAUCGUCGCCGAGUGCGAGGGGAUGCUGGCCUUGUUGGAGGCGGCUGUGCGGAGGCUGGCUGCAAGCCUGCUUUGGAGCUGACGGUGUAAGGGCACCUCGCGAGGAACAUGGCGGCAACCAAGGGAACAAUCACGUCGCGGUCCGUUAACUACGGCCAGUUUCCACGGAUGGCCAUAUUAGAAUCUCAUCUCGCGGCAGUACGCGGAUGCAUUUUUGGUCAUUUUUUUGUUUCUCGACGUAUGUUUCGAAUUUUGAUCUGAAUUUUUUAAGGGUUAUCUUAAUAUGUGUUGUGAACAUGCAUGAUUUUUUUCAGAUUUUUUCGCAAUGUUUAAAUUUGAAUUUAGGCCGCAAGAUACACGGUGACAUGCUGUUUGAGAUUGU